UACAAAUCAAAAAAAAUGUUCCCAGAGGUGAUUUCUGUGGUUUUUGGUAGAUAUCAUCACACUGUGUGUUGGUACAAGUGGUCAUUCUUCUGGUAAGUUUGUCUUUAAUAAGUUACUUGGUGAUAUAGAAAGGGGGUGUAUUUCAGACAGCUUUGAUUGGCGCCCUGACAGGUCACUCAGAUACUCGUUGUUUAUUGCACAGAAUCUGGUUGCAAAAUUCCAAGAUGGCAGCGGAUGAUCUUAAUAUACAGUCUGUGGUAAUGCCGAGAAUGAAAGUCUGGACUUUGUUGAAAAUGCUCAAAUACAGUAACUCGUAUCAGUAAAGUAACAUUGUCUAAAUGUUAGUUCUAUGCCAGUCAUGCUUUGUCUGACUCUGAUUCUGUCUCCUCAGACAAUGGUUCUGGCAAGUGGAGGGCAGGAUGGCGCCAUCUGCCUGUGGGACGUUCUGACAGGGAGCCGGGUCAGCCACGUUUACGGUCACCGAGGUGACGUCACAUCGCUGGUCUGCACCACCUCGUGUGUCAUCAGCUCAGGCCUGGAUGACCUGAUCUGCAUCUGGGACCGCAGCACCGGGAUCAAGCUCUACUCCAUCCAGCAGGACGUGGGUUGUGGGGCCAGUCUGGGAGUGAUCUCUGAUUCGCUCCUGGUGACAGGGGGCCAGGGCUGCGUUUCCUUCUGGGACCUGAACUUCGGUGACUUGCUGCAGACAGUCUACCUAGGUCAGAGCAGCGAUGGCCAGGGCGUCCGCCAGCUGCUGGUUCUCGACAACGCCGCCAUCGUCUGUGACUUUGGGAGCGAGCUCAGUCUGGUGUACGUGCCCUCAGUGCUGGAGAAACUAGACUGAGCAGACCUGGAUGACACGAGUAGGCUGCACUCAAAGAAUUCUUUUUUUCCAUCCUUUCGACUUUCCAACGGAUGUUUUUCUUUCUUCUGUUGCAUUUUAGCAGGAGAGUGACAGACCCUGAGUUCAGAUUUAUGAGGAUGGUUGAAGAAAAGCCAGAUGUUUGUCACCAAGAGGAUCCACCAGAUUUUUAUUUGUGUGCGUGAGAGUGUAGAUGUUGUGGCUCUGCUGUCUAUGCUGCUGAGAUGGGUGGGGCUUCGCCGUGACCCCCACCCAGAGAGGAAGACUUUUAUUUUGU